AUGACAUUGCCAAAGAAAGAAAGAGGGUUGGGAGGACUGGGAAAAACUACUUUAGCCAAGCUAGUAUAUAAUGAUAGUGAGGUAGAAAAGAACUUUGAGAGUAGAAUAUGGGUUUCUGUCUCAAAACCAUUUGAUGAGAUUAAGAUUGCGAAAGCAAUUCUUGAAAUUCUUAUUAAUGCUGCUUCAGUUCUUGUUGAAUUUGAAGGUAUAAUGCAACACAUAAGAAAAUUACUCAAGGGGAAAAGGUUUUUACUUAUCUUGGAUGAUGUGUGGGAAGAUGGUCCUAGCAAGUGGGAGCAAAUGAGAGAUUCUUUCAUGUCUACUUCACUAGGAAGUAGUAUUUUGGUGAUCACACGAGAUGAAAGUGUAGCAAUAAACAUGGGUUGCACUAGAGAUCACCUAUUUAAACUAGGAAAUUUAUUCCUGGAGGAAUGUUGGUCAAUUUUUAGUGAAAUUGCAUUCUUUGAAAAGAACAAUGAUGAGAGAGUACAAUUAGAAGCAAUAGGUAGGGAAAUUGUAAAGAAAUGUGAUGGUUUACCUCUUGCUGCAAAAACUCUAGGAAAUCUUUUGCGCUUUAAGGAUUCACGGCAAGAGUGGCAGAGUGUAUUGAAUAGUGAGGUGUGGGAACUAGAAGGUUUAUGGGAAAAAAAUAGAGAAACUCAAAGUGGUUUUGCUUCUUUAUGGUUGAGCUAUUAUGACUUGGUUUUAGAAUUGAAACCAUGCUUCUCUUAUUGUGCUAUCUUGCCAAAGGACCAUGACAUUAAAGGAGAUAACUUGAUUCAGCUGUGA